UCCCACUAGCCCCCAGCCCCUCCGCUUCUAGGGCAAGAUUGUUCCCUGCAGUCUAAUCUCCAGGGCGCUGAGUGGUUACCAUCCCUUCGCUCUGAGCAAUGCCAGCUCUCAUGAACAGGAACUGAAAGAGAUAAAGUGUCUCAGUUAAGAGAGAAAAAGACCAUCCCACAGACCAGGAGGCUAGAAGAAAGGAAAAGGAAGCCAUGACUUCUUCCACAGAGACCGUAGGUCAUCCAUCCAGAAGUGCUAGCCACAGGUGGAAGAUACAGCCAAAGGAAUUUAGGGCGAUCUUUGACCCCAGCGCAUUUCCCAAGCUGACCUACCUACUCUAUGAAAUUAAGUGGGGCAGCAGCACGAAGUUCUGGAGGAAGUGGUGCCCGAACACCCCCACCCAGCAUGCUGAAAUCAACUGCCUGGAAAAUGACUUCAAGGCGAUACACCACAGGCCUUCAGUGCGCUGCUCCAUCAUCUGGUUCCUGUCUUGGAGCCCCUGUGGGCUGUGUUGCAGACUGAUCAUUCACUUCCUACGGGCCCAUCCCAAAGUGUCCCUGCAAAUCUACAUAGGGCGGCUCUUCAGGCUCAGAGAUGAACGGAACCGGCAAGGCCUCAGGGACCUGGUGAGCAGUGGAGUGAACAUUUACAUCAUGAGCCUGCCAGCUUAUGACUACUGUUGGAGAACAUUUGUCGACCACCAAGUCAGAGAAGAUGAUAUUUACUGGCCCUGCUACUUCACUCCAUGGAUGAUAUUCUAUAUGCUUGAAUUCCAGUGUAUCCUGCAGGGUCUACCUCCUUGUUUACAGAUUUGGCUGAAGAAUUACACUGGCUCACCUGUUUUCCAACUCGUUUUACAGGAAUCUCAUAGAAAAAUACUCUGGCAAAGUCUCCACACAGCAAACAGUCACCAGCAGCGACUGAUUUUCAGGCCUAGGUCAUCAGCUGAGCACUGGUACCCAUCAAUGUAUUUUCCUGGACCACCAGUCAGUCACAAGCAGUGACCUGUGCUCAAGCCUAGACACAAGUCAAUCAACAGCGUACACCAACAUACUAUCCUGGAGCACCAACCAUUGUUCAAGCCUGAACCAUCAACCAGGCAAAGGGUUGGCCCAGUCUUGUACCUUGGUGUAUAGCUAUGAUUGGAUGCUUGUAUACAGGUAGGGUUUUUGUUUUUGUUUUGGAAUAUCUACAGUACAAGUGAAGAUUGUGAUUGUAGCAAAGGUAGGUGUGCCUGUGUUAUCUCUAAACUGAUGAGAACAGGUGACAAUAGUAGUGUAGAUGUGGUGACAUGGCCUUCAGAGCAGGUUAGCAACCAGAGUAUAUAGACAGGUUCCCUGGAGGAUUUGUACUCUGGUUGCUAGCCCAUGCUGAAGCCCAUGCCAUGACAUCUACACUACUAUUGUUACCUGUACUCCACUAGAUUAAAGCUAACAUGGAUAUGCUUUACCAUGGUACAAUCACACCUUCAUUUGCAGUGUAGACAUUCCAAAAAGUAACUACCUGUCUACAAGCAUCCAGUUACAGCUACACACCCAGAUACAAAACUUGGCCAUCAACCAAUUAACAGAAUGACCAGCAUCAUCAUUAUACUGACCUGGACCAUUGUCCAAUCUCAUGAAUAGAUGACCCUAAUGUCUCCUAUUGAAUUAACUGAAAUGAGCUAGAUUCUGUUUUCAUCUACAUUGGUGUAAAUCCUGAGUAACUACACUGAAUUCACUGGAGUUACUCUAGAUUUGUACCAAUGCAAAUGAGAUCACGGGCAGAAGAAGAGGUGUGUAUUUCCUAAGGAGCAAUCCUUGUUCUAGGUACAUUUAGGGAAGAGUGCUUUAGUAAAUUACAUUACUAUAGAUACAGCUCAGGUAUGCCUAGUGCCUUAUCAAUGAUCCGUAAUUAGCAAUAAUUUCAAACUGGAGAUGCAAAGAGGAGAUUUUAAAGUGAGUGCACUUGUGAAUUGGAGUAACAGCCUCAGUUUUAUACCCUGCAGAAUUGCAAGUGGCUUUGAAUGACGUCUAAAUAUUAGUCUUUUAGACUAUAAUGAGUUCUUAGCCCCCAUCUACACUAGACAUUCAGCCAUGCCAGGGAACUGGCUACAUGCUCAGUUGACCCCUGAACCAGUCACAAUCAUUGCUCCAAUUUGUAGGGAAGGCCAGAACUUUCAUAAUCAGGUUACAACUGAGACACAGUUAACUUCCCCUCUCUAAGUAGGACCCAGAAGCCCAAUCCUGCAUACACAAACUUGAAUAACUUUUGAAGCCAAUAGGAUGGUCCAUCUGAGUAUAUUUAUUCACAUGGUAAGUGGUUGGAAAACUGGGCCAAAUAUUAAGGGGCAACCAGGUUAGGGGUAAUGGUGUUGCAAACAGAGUCCCCAGGAGUGUUGUAGUUGUAAUGUAGGCAGGGCCUUAUUAGACGAGAUCUUCACUUGCCAGAGAUCAAGGAGGUGAAGAGCAUAUGACUAAUGGUAAUGAGAAUGACACAUUCCGAAAAUAUAUUUCUCAGAGCUUUGAAUGUAUGUUUUCAUUGUUUAGCUGUAAUUUGGGUCAUGUUGCUUCAAUAUGAUCCCUAAUGAUAUUCCAUAAUUGUGAUAAAUGAAGGGGUGGGGGAGCUCUCUUUUAUGGACCCAGCCAGCCAGUUAGCUGUAAAAUCCCUCUUGGUAGCUGUUCUCUAGUUGCUUUACCUGGAAAGUGUUAAAAAGUCUGACUGAAUGCAUAGGUAAAAGGAAGUGAGUGGCCAACUGGCCAAAAGAGCCAAUGGGAAGGCUAGAACUUUUUAAAAUUGAAAGACUCCCCUUUGGUCAGUCUGUGUUGUUCUCCCAGAGAGCAGGGACAGGACUGAAACUAUGCUGUAAAAAGCUUUAAGCCAGGUAUGAAAAAUCAUCAGAUCAUACCUAGAAACUACGUAUUGAAAACCCCAGAUAUGUAAGUAGAUCAGGAAAUGUCUAGGAAGAUGCGAUUAGGUUUAUUUCUUUUAUUUCUUUAUGGAUUGUGGACUCCUCUGUACUAGUCCCCAAAUGCUUUUGUUUUGCUUGUAACCAUUAAGCUGGACCUCAAGAAAACUAUUCUUGAUGCUUAAUUAUUAUAUUUGCUCUUUUAAAAUAUAGCAAUAGCCUAAGUUUCAGAUGUAUUUUCUUUUUUUGUUUGUUUUUAAUAAAAUUUACCUUUUUUAAGAA